UCGAUAAUAUUAACUUAAAGUUUCGCGCUUUAGCUUUUAGUUUUAGUUUUACAACGAACGCUUCGCAGAAUGGUGGAAUGGUGGCCGCGUUAGCGUUACUUUGUCGCGCUCUUUAUUUUCGCUCGUCGUUGACGUCUUUGUUGUUGUUGUGAUUAUCCUGCGAUAUACUAGUUUUUCUCAUUUUUUUUUCUCAGUGUCAGUGAUGCGAACUGCUGCUCCAGUAAUAAUCGUACGUGCUCAUCCGGUGUCUUACUAAUAAAGAUGAAAGCUGGAAUGCGAACUGGCAGCCUGGCGACGGAUACCGGAACCGCAUCUCAUCAACGUGUAACGAGGAGCGACUGCGAGUCUUUCAACAGCCAUCAUUUUCCACUGACGCUGAGCGAAGUCCAAGCAAAUUCCGAGUAGAUUGACCGCCGACAAAUUCGUAACACCAGAUGGUACACACAGACGCGGCGGCGUUUCGUUGAAAAUCUGCACUCUCGCUAAUCUCGCGUCAUAAGCUAAGCGUCGCAGAAUCGCCGCCGCCGCACUGCAAUUUCGUACUUGAGCCUCAAUUGCUGGCCCAGGCUGGACACCUACGAUCACGAAAGCUCGAGUCACAAUCAAUGAUCUCGCAUUGAGUAUCGUUUACUACUUAUCGAUUCGCACCAUCUACCUGCUCGUCCAAGGGUCAACCGUAACGACGGCAGCAAAAGCACCAUCAGCAACAGUAUCAAUUGAAGUACCAGCGACGGCAUCGAAAUGUAUGGUUAUCAAAGAACACGAUUCCUUGUUACUUGGAUUGUUGCGACGAGCGUAAUCGAUGGCAGUACCAGUAAAAAAACACCACCGUGCACCACUUCUCGCAGCAGUGAUGAUGUAACACCAACAACAACGUCGCCGUCAUCGUCAUCAUCGUCGUCGUCGUCGCCGUUGCCAUUAUCAUCAUCAUCGCCAUUGCCAUCAUCGCCCGAGGUAAAAGAUGAAAUGUGUUUGGCCGUGGCCUGUUAUGGGUAGACCGAAUGCUGUUGGUAGCUGGAUAGCGUUGAAUACAGAUAUCGGCGACGGUGUGGUCGUCAGCAGCAGCAGCGGUGGCGGCGUCGUCGGCGAUGCGUUCGUUCCUUCGAAUAUUUCGGCGACUGUCGCUGUGGCUGCUGUAAAGUCGACCAUCACCAUCGCGAUGGCCAUAAAAGAAAUCAGCUCGGCGGCGACGCUGCCUCAAAAUAUAUCGUCGUCGUCUUCGGCUUGGGCGGCGGCUGUGACCAGCACAGCGGCGGUUCUGCAAUCGGCCGUUAUCGAGAAUGUACGCUUGACGCCGCCAUUGGUGUUGAAGAUGCUGGUGAUGGGCUCGAUAAUCGUAUGCGCCGUGCUGGGUAACGCUUUGGUGGUCAUUAGCGUGAUCCGCCAUCGUAAGCUGCGUAUUCUGACCAAUUACUACGUGGUGUCUUUGGCGUUCGCCGAUCUGUUAGUGGCGCUAUGUGCCAUGACUUUUAACGCCACCGUCAACAUAACGGAUGGUAAGUGGUUGUUUGGCAGAUUCAUGUGCGACGUGUGGAACUCGUUGGAUGUGUAUUUUUCGACCGCGUCCAUUCUGCACUUGUGCUGUAUCAGCGUCGAUCGAUACUACGCCAUUGUCAGGCCGCUGCAGUAUCCCAUAAUCAUGACGGAGAAAACGGUCUGCUUCAUGCUGGCUAAUGUGUGGUUGCUGCCGGCGCUGAUAUCGUUCACGCCUAUUUUCCUCGGCUGGUACACGACCGCCGAUCAUCUCGAUUAUCGUCGAAAACAUCCAUACGAAUGUUCCUUCGUUGUCAAUAAUUAUUACCUGAUUAUUUCGUCCAGCGUUUCGUUUUGGAUUCCUGGAGUCGUUAUGGUCAUCAUGUAUUACAGAAUAUACAAAGAGGCCAUCAGACAACGAAAAGCGUUAUCUCGAACUUCCAGUAACAUCGUGCUGAACAGUAUUCAUCAGCAAAGAGCGCAACGACCGAAUCGUUAUAUGCAUAACAGUAAUCGCUUACACGCCGCCGCCGCUGCCAUGGACAACGAAGCGUUUAACAAUUCCAGCUCGACGGUUACGUCCAGGAAUUCUUCUUCAACUUCUGAGACCAGCAAAACCGCAGCUGUCAUCCUCAACUCGGAUGGUAAAACGACAACCAGCUUGCGACAUAGCAACAGUUCGUGGAGAAGAGAGCACAAAGCAGCCAGAACGUUGGGAAUAAUCAUGGGAGUUUUCUUAUUGUGUUGGCUACCUUUUUUUCUCUGGUACAUGAUCAGCACACUUUGCGGUCCGGCUUGUCAUUGUCCGGAUUCCGUGGUGACCAUUGUGUUUUGGAUCGGAUAUUUCAAUUCGGCUUUGAAUCCGUUGAUAUACGCCUAUUUCAACAGGGAUUUUCGAGACGCGUUUAAAAAUACCCUGCUGUGUUUUUUUCCAUGUUUGGGUAAAUUGCCAUGGUGCAGUAAAGAUGAGGAUUCGACGGCGUCUCAAUUUGUUUGAUCGGUUCGGUUCGAUUCGAUAUUUGGUUCCUGGAGAACCUGCCUGGUGCCCUGCCUUAACGGCUAUGUACCUACUCGCUGGUUACUGUGAAAACAUUACCGUUCAAAAACGGAUCAUAAUUAUGUAUAUUAUCCGAUUUUGUGAGAAUAUACAGUAUACACUGUUAGUAAGGUACUAUGUACUAACAAACUACUAGUCGGCAAUCACGUGUUCGCCGAAACCGAACACCAAGGGAUCUAUAUUUCGAUUGAGACAGCCGUAUAGUGCUGUACCUACUGGUUUUUCUCAGUCGCAAUACCUACCUACAUCUCCAUCGACGUGAUUUCCAAUCACCAAUUCAACGUGAAACCUAUCAAUCUGUAAAGUAUUUGUUAAUGCGAAUGAAAGAAUCUCUCAUACAGUAUAAAUAGGUAUACAGUAUGGCUUAUACGUUUACCUUCCCCCCCCCACCUAUUCCUUAUUUCUUUCUCUUUUCUUUUUUUCCAAUACAGAAAAACGUGCGAUGAGCGCUUUUAAUGCAAAUAUGUACUCGUAGUUAGAUACUCGCGUAGCUAUUCGAAUCGAUUUGAAGGACGUCGACGAGUCAAAAAAGGAAUAGGCUCACCCAUGUUUUCAACAUACGCUUAUCUUUUUUCUUACUUUUACUUAUGUACCUAUUAGUACUUACUUACUCUCGGGUACUCGCACUCCUAUGAGGGAGGUAGGUUACGAUUUGCGUGUACCUGGAGAAUUUUUCGCUUCUGGGUUGUUACUUACAAAUACAUUUUGUACUUAGAUUUGUAGGUGAACACAACACAAUACACAUACCAGCGUGUGCUCAGAAAUAUUCAGCUCCCGUCGAACCAAACUAUUUUUUUUUUUUUUGGCUAAAAAUAUACGUAGCUACCUGGUACCUGUCUCUAUGUUAGGUCGCAGUAAACAGCGCAUAAAUCUACACUUUGAACGAAACACUUGUCGACGGUUGUCAAUAUUUUCGAGCACACUGCACUUUCGUGUGUAACUACAUACGUCAAACGUAAGGGUGUACCUUAUUUAUACAUGAUGGAACUUUUUGUUUCGUUUUUUAUUUAUUUUUUGCUCCCAUCCCUUAAAGUUGUCACUUCAGGUGAGAAAAUCACGCAAUGAAAUUUGCAGCCAUCUCGGUGAAAUAUAUGUCGUGCUAGGAAGCCCCCUCUCCUUCUGCUCCCAGCCCUCAACAAAAUAUACGAGAAAUCCGAAAAAAUGAAAUCUCGACGUUUUUUCACUUUCUAAUUCUUAAAGGUCCAUUUUCAAUAGAGAUAUUGUUAAAAUAUUUUUCACCACCCCCCCCUCCCCACAUAAACAGGAAUAAAAAAUAAAAUUAAUAUUUUUAUGAUUUUUUUUUUUUCAAUUUCAAUCCUUGGAGUUGAUUCAUCUUCAUCAGAAGAGCACCAUUCAAUGUUUUCAAUUUGUCCCCCCUCAUUUCCACGAUGAAAAGGUGGGACUAGCUCCCUCUCUACAUUUCAGAGAAUAAUUUUAUUUGUUGAAAAAUUAAUUUCAUUGUUAUAAGUUAUUUUGGAAGUCCCUCGGUGGCGUAGUAGGUAGAGCCGCGGACCUCCGUUCAAGAGGUACCCGGUUCAAACCCAGCUACAGAGGCAAGCUUGUGCGUGUAAUUAAAAAAUCGUUCGUGCAAUUAUCAACAUUACACGCCAAGUACCGGGGGACUACCAGUUUAGCCGAGCUAACAGAUAAUGCACGCCAUCUGUUAGCAGAAUCAAAAAGCUGAAACUGGUUCGAGCGUCUAUAGAGGUCAACACUGAGGAGCUCAGGGUCUCUAAACUACCCGGCUAGCUCCAAGGUGCUUGUGUAGAUGUCACUAGAAAGCAACGGGAAACUACUAGUGGAAGCUCGAAACAACGUCGAUUCCCCAGAAUAAUCGCAGUGGCAAUAGGCAUUCGCCUCACCCUGUAAGGGUACCACAAAAAUGCGAUUUCCAAUGUCCUGUAAAGGACAAGGAACCACGACGACGACGAAGUUAUUUUGAUUUUCCAAGUUCAAUAAUUGUACCUGAAUGAGUCGAACUUGCCAAUAUUAUGGUUUGGAGAUCAAUGGAUUAAUUUCAAUUCACUUUCGGCGUUAAUUGCCAGUUGCCAAAAUGAAAAUUAAGCAUCUAAGUGAGGUGUUUUUAUUCUGGAUAAACAGUCAUUUUUUUAAAAAAGUGAGGGAUCAAAUUCAAAAAAAAAAACAAUUUGCUGAAUUUUUUUGAUAUUUCUCAACUUUGAAGGUCUCUAUGCAGGUGGCCAACAUAAUUGGGGGUUUUUCCGAAAAAUGUAUUAUACAGAAGCAGGGCAUAUUUCGUGGGAGCACCUGAAGACACGCCGUGCCCUCACAAAAAACCUCAAAAAUAUCGAAAAAUUGUCAUAAAAACUGAAAAAAAUGAAAGGAUUGAGAUAGAGGGGUGAAAUUAGACGAAACAAAGAAGCUCUUUGAGGAAUUUUGUAAAACCCACAACUUUAGUUUGGCCAACUUUGAAACAAAAAUGGCAUUUUUUAGGCAGGUGGUGAGGCAAACAUUAUUGCUUCUAGGACGAUUGGUCGAAAGAGCAAACAUUUCAAAUCAAUUUUGGCAACAAUUACCACUAUUUGAUUAUUUUAUUAAAAAAUUGAUCGCUGAGAAUUUAGACGAAAAAACAUUACAACUUUUCGUCGACUCUCCAAAAAUUGACUCUCUCUGAGGAUUACCAUUCUUUCCCGAAGCCGAAUUCCCGAACGGAUAAAUCCCCGAAUGCAUUUCUUUCACAUUGUAUUUCCCAAAUGCCAAAAUUCCAAACCCUUUUCUCGGAUGGUUUUUCCCCGAAUAGUCAUUGAAUCCCAGUUUCAUUAUAAUUAUCGUGUCAAAUAUGCCAUAGGUACUACAUUUAUGGCGAGGGUAAUAACAUUACUCGCUCGACACAUACGACACAAUGCUAGCAACAGUAGAAGGCCAUAAUAUUAUGACGAUGCCAACACUCGGCCAAAAAUCGGCGGUGUAUCAAGGUGCUUUGCAGUCGCAGCACUCUCACCCUCCAAAUCAGGAGGAGUGCAGCUGCAGAGUAGAACAUUUAACGCAAAGCUUCAAGCAGAAGUCUGAUGCACUCCCCGAGCAGCCUCCUGCACAACUUCUGAGAACUGUACUAGCACGCGUCUCCGAUUAAGUUCUGAGCCAAUUGUCAGAAAGAUAAUCUCUUAAAAAGGCAAUUAGGAGAAACCAGUCGUCGCCGAAAUACGCUUGCAAAUCCUAAAUCGUUGAACGAAUUAGAAAUUGGGCCUGCACAGUACCAAAAAAGUUCUUCGUUGGCUUGUAACAUCGUUUUCUAAUGAAAACCUCUAAAGUAAGAGCAUUUGGGAAUUUGGUAUUCGGCAAAAUUGUCUAUUCGGGAAAACGUCCGUUCGGAAAUUCGGCAUUCCGGGAAAUUUAUUUGGGGAAAUGUCCGUUCGGGAGUUUGGAAUUAGGAAAACAGUCUAGAACCAGCUUUCUGCCAACAAAAAAAAAAUGGAAUUUUAGGACAAUUUUUCACACUUUUACCCAAUAAAUAGGUAUAGCAGUCUAUUAACUUGUCGAACAGGGUUGCCAGUUUUUACAGGAUCAAACAUCAGGCAUUUCAGUUUUCUCAUUUUUUUAAUUUUUAAACAUUUUUUUUGAUUUAAAAAAAUUUUUUCAUUUUUUUUAAUUUUUAAAUUUUUUUUUAUUUUUUUAUUUUUUUUCAUUUUACAGGCUUUUGAAAAAAAUUUCUAAGUGUGUUUCGAGGGAAAUUCAUGAAUUUUUCAUGACUUUCAUGGCUGUUAGACGCCCAGUUGACUCACACAGAUUUGGCAGGAAAAAAACCGAAACCUUAUGAGCAAGUUAGUUAAAAACAGGACUUUUGGAGCAAAAAGAAAAUUCCAUUCAGAACAGAGGACUGAGGGGGUUCAUCUUGAAGAUGUGCUAAAUUCAGAAAAAUUCUACAUACUGAAAAGUAUCCAAACAAUUUUCAUCUUUUUCGUUAUUUUUUUCAUUUUUUUGAUUUUUAAAUUUUUUGUUUAUUUUUUCUAGUCCAGUCAUUAAAGACCAAUUAUGUCCCAUCUACGGGAAAAAUUAUUAUCAAACAGAUCUUUCGCAAAUAUUGUUCACAGAGGUCCCCUCAACAACAUACUAAAAGUCCUGGCCCGUACGGGGUCCGGAACCCACUCAAAGGGGGGGUGGAACCUCCCCCAAAAUCAGUUUUUCGCCAUUUUCUCCCCCGCAUUGCAUUUUAGCGAAAAAUGUGUAAUAGAUAAAAGAAUCUACGUCAAAUUUCCGAUCUAAUGAUGUAUCAACUUUCCUUGUAUGUUCAAGGGGGGCGGAACUGCAACCAUUUAAAUGAGGGGGGUUUUCUAAAAAAUAGAUAAAGGCUAUAGGCGCCUAAGAGGGGUGAAAUGGUCCCCGAAAACGUUCGAGUUGAUAUUAGUAUGGAAGGUAGGUACCAUUGAGAAACUUCCGCGUAGAAAGUUUCAGAUCCACACCCCCUCCCCUUUUUGGGGAACCCCCCUUUUCUGAAACUUCAAUAACAUUUUUCUCAACCCCAUUUCAACCGAUUUUGAAAAUUUUUCAGUAUGUUAUGUAUAUCCUUAGUAGGUAUCCCCACAAAAAUUUUCAACCCCCUCCCCUCAUAUUUACCCCUCAAAAUGAUGUAAAAAUGAGUCUUAGAGAGGGUUGGGGGUGAAAUGGGAAUUUUGGGGAAAAUAACUAAUUAUUAAUGAAUAGGGUGUCGUUUUCUUAUGAUUCGAUACCGCUGAGCACGAAUAUGAUGUCUGAUUUUUUGCUAGACUCAUCUAGCCCUCUCCAGAGCACUUGGCCCCCUCAAUUUUUUUUAUUGUUAAAAAGCAUAAAAUAAGUUGAGAAACGCUAUUUUGAGGGGUAAAUAUGAGGGGAGGGGGUUGAAAAUUUUUGUGUGGAUACCUACUAAGGAUAUACAUAACAUACUGAAAAAUUUUCAAAAUCGGUUGAAAUGGGGUUGAGAAAUAUGUUAUUGAAGUUUCAGAAAAGGGGGGUUCCCCAAAAAGAGGAGGGGGUGUGGAUCUGAAACUUUCUACGCGGAAGUUUCUCAAUGGUACCUACCUUCCAUACUAAUAUCAACUCGAACGUUUUCGGGGACCAUUUCACCCCUCUUAGGCGCCUAUAGCCUUUAUCUAUUUUUCAGAAAACCCCCCUCAUUUAAAUGGUUGCAGUUCCGCCCCCCUUGAACAUACAAGGAAAGUUGAUACAUCAUUAGAUCGGAAAUUUGACGUAGAUUCUUUUAUCUGUUACACAUUUUUCGCUAAAAUGCAAUGCGGGGGAGAAAAUGGCGAAAAACUGAUUUUGGGGGAGGUUCCACCCCCCUUUGAGGGGGUUCCGGACCCCGUACGGGCCAGGACUUUUAGUAUGUUGUUGAGGGGACCUCUGUGAACAAUAUUUGCGAAAGAUCUGUUUGAUAAUAAUUUUUCCUGUAAAAAUGUCUUUAAUGACUGGACUAUUCACCUUUUUUCAUUUUUUAGCCCUUUAAAAAAAUUUCCAAGUGUGUUUCGAGGGAAAUUCAUGAAUUUUGCAUGACUUUCAUGACCACCUAUCAAAAUUCAUGACUUUCAUGACUGUUAGACGCCCUGUUGACUCGGGCAAAUUUGGCAGGGAAAAAGCCGAAACCUUAUGAGCAAGUUAGUUAUAACCAGGACUUUUGAAACAAAAGGAAAAUUUCAUCCAGAGGACUGAGGGGGUUCAUCUUGAAAAUGUGCUUAUUCAGAAAAAUUCUUCUUACUGAAAAGUAUCCAAACAAUUUUUAUCUUUUUCGUUUUUUCCAAAUUUACGGGGGGGGGGGGGGGGGCUCAAUACACGAGAACUACCACAUCAUCUGUGGGCCCGACAAAUGUUUUUUCUUGAAAUGAGGGUGAGGGGGGGUUAAUGUAGAACAAUUUUAAUGUAUCUAGAAAUGAGAUAUUUUCAAUUUUUUUAAAAAUUUACAUUCUCAUUUUUUUUGUGAUUUUUUGCACUUUGAGGGGCUCCUUAUCAGGGAGGCCAAUAUGGUUUGAAGGGCUGGAAAAAGUGUUUUCUUGAAAAGGAGAUUAAGUAUUCAGAAAAAUUCGGACGCAAAUUUUGAUAAAUUUAAUUUUUUGUCAUUUUUCUAAUUUGGGGGCUACCGACACCACUUUUUUUUGCAGAUGGGGAAAAAUAAAAAAACAUGGAAUUAUUUUCUCAUCCGAAGUAACAACUUUGGUGGGUGGAAGAUGGCAAAUUCCAACUUUGCAAAAUAAGGUACACCCUACGCAGCUCAGCAUGCAUGUUAGAAUCUACUAUAAGGUACAAGAAGAACCCUUCUUCUCUUAAUAUACGAGCGCUAUAAACAAGUAUGUAUUUCAUCAACGAGCUUAUUUUUUACCUACUUUAAACAGUGAUCGUUCGAGUCUCGGUAUCACCAGACUCUCAGCCUCGUAAUUAUGAUGACGAAUAGGUACACGAGUAUUCGUUCUGAUUUGCCAGCUUGCUCUAACGACUGUUGAAUAGCUGUACGCUUUCUAGUCUUAUUAGAUUACAUACGUAGGGUAGGUCUAGGUAUUUGGGUGCGUACUUAAGCGUAAGUAAUGACAUCAACAUGAGCAUGUACUCUAUACCUACCUACCAGUUUGUAAGGCUAAGUAUAGGUUCGGUUACUUGAUUUGAAUCUCUAUUAGAUACCUAUUCUGUUUUCCGCUUGCAAAAAACAGAAUUCUGAUGAAAAAAUUUGAAAAAUUGAUUUUCAUUUUUGAAAAAUCUGUAGUUAGGUAUCGUUAAUUCGAUUAUAGGAAUCAUAAAAAAUAGGCAAUCGGUAAGUUUGUAGGUAGACCUCUGUUGUAGGUCACGUGUACCUUACCGAUCUGUAGGUUACCACUGUUAAUGCUUUUCCAUCUUUUUCUGCAAUACUAGUGUAUUAGUAUGUAAUGUCUAAUGCAUACCUAGGUAGUUUCCUAAUUUUACGUAUUUUAACCGGACAAUUUCAACAUGUGAUAUUUUGUAGUAGUACCUGAGAUAUUUUCGUAGACGUCGCUCGCAUAUGUGCAAAAAAACGACGUAUCGUCAAGAGUAGGAUACAUUAACCUACUAUUGUUAGAGUACCUAUCUCUUAUGUAAUAUGUUGUACUCUCACGAGUAACGAUACUUAUACAGAGAUUUUUAGCUACGCAGAUUCAUUGAUUCGAUUGUUUUAUAAAAAAUGAAAAUUGCUCCAGUUUUUGGUGAAUUUUUUUCAACGUUUUUAUAUUAUACCUUUAUUCUAACUCUCAUCCCAUCCUAUUUCAUCUCAUGUAGGUAUAGAUAUCUAACUACUCGAACAUUGAAUGACGAGUGAGCAUCUAUAUCUAUCUACCUAUACCUACCAAUAAACCCCAACCAUACAUGUACUUACAGUAAUUUCGCUAUAGUCAACAUUUUACAAAUUAUUUAUAAGUCUUACCAUCUAUUACGAUUUACGACUGCGACUGCGACUAUUCUACUCGUACACUACCUAUUUCUUAAGUCAUGACGUUGUAUUUUUCGUUUUUCUUUUAUUUUUACCUAAAUACUGUAUGUACCUACUACCACUAUAACGUGUACCUAAUUUUUUAAAUUGUUGUUUCUGUACUCGAUACUUUUAUCAAUAAUAUUGUUUACGCUGCUGUUAA